GGACGGGGCUGACAUUGCAGCCCCCGCGGAGGGUCGCGGCGCGGGAUGAGCUCUGCCGCGGCCAAGCCGAUACUUUAUAGCUAUUUCCGAAGUUCCUGCUCUUGGAGAGUGAGAAUCGCACUGGCUCUGAAAGGGAUUUCCUAUGACCUGGUGCCAGUGAACCUCCUGAAGGACGGAGGGCAGCAGUCUUCUGCUGAAUUCAAGGCAGUGAAUCCAAUGCAGCAAGUCCCAGCCUUGAAAAUUGAUGGCAUCACCCUUUCUCAGUCGCUAGCUAUAAUUCAUUACCUAGAAGACACCCGUCCUAACCCCAGGCUCCUGCCCCAAGAUCCGAAGAAGAGAGCCCAAGUCAGAAUGAUCGCCGAUCACAUUGCCUCCGGCAUUCAGCCACUUCAGAACAUGACUGUCCUGAAACAAAUGGGGGAGAAAAAAAUGGAAUGGGCUCAGAACUGCAUUGCAUCUGGCUUUCAAGCACUGGAGCAGAUUCUGCAGCACACUGCCGGGCACUACUGUGUGGGGGAUGAAGUUUCCAUGGCUGAUCUGUGCUUGGUGCCUCAAGUUGCCAAUGCUGAAAGAUUCAAAGUGGACAUGGGUCCAUAUCCCACAAUAACCAGAAUAAACAAAGCUCUCCUGGAGUUAGAGGCAUUCAAAGUAAGCCACCCAUCCCAGCAGCCAGAUACUCCUGCAGAGCUGCGAGCUUGAAGCCCUUCUACUCAUUAAAGCAGGUAAGCUGGAAUGUCAAAGAGGACAACAGCUACAGCUUGAGCAGGACUUCAGUGCCAGCAGGAAGCCCUAGUACUAAUGUCUCACUUUCAUCUGGGUGCAAAAAAGAACAGAGGACCUGGAAGUAGCCUGGAUGACUUACAGGAGCUAUGCCUGUGCUGGAAAGCUUGCAGCUACUUCUGACUAUGUUUUUUCUACCUGAUGUAUCUCCAUGAAGCAGAUUAAAGCAGAAGCAU